AUGCAAAAGCUAUGCUUUGGGCAAGCAAGAUUGCCUUCUCUACUCGGUCUCGGUCAAGGACAAUGUCAAGAGUGGCUAUGGGGCAACGUACAAAUUCUACGACAAGUCCUGCCCAUGCCCAAAGCCGAGUGCGACCAAGACAACGACUGCGAGGACUACAACAAGAUCUCAGACUACUUCGCGCACAUCGACGAAAACGAGCACUACUACUGCAGUCUCCGAAAGCACCACUACAGCUACAGUCUCCGCGUUGACUACCUCGGCGGCAUCGACCACCACGGCCAGUGGAAGUACCACAAGCAGUUUGCGGCCAAACAGACGGGCAAUAUUAGACUAACUGAUGAACGCAACAACAUGCAAACCGAGACUGGGGCUGUCCUGGACAGACCAACCAAUGUCGAUCCGGCUGCCUUCAUUUUCGGUGAGCUUAGUGACGCCGUGGGUACCGACCAGUAUGUCUUUGAUCCUGCCGAUGGAUCUCUGCAGGUUCUCAAGGCCGAUCGUGCCCCCUCCACCAUUGGUCAAUUUCUUUACUACGAUCCAGUGACUGCUGGAUUCGGACCACCCAACGGAGGAGGUGUGGUUUCUUAUUUAGUCGCCACCACCGAGGCAGAUGCAGCAGCGAGGAAUGGCCAGAAGGCUGUGUGUCAGAUUUCAUCGGCUUCACAGGUAGAUUGCGCGUUCGGCCCAAGCACUGUGGCAGAUGUAUGGUUCUGUGCAGGAUCGAUCGCUCUCGUCUCGCAGGGUCGCGAUCCAGGGGAACCUUGCGACGGCCUUAGUAUCACAACAAAAGUGACAAGCGUCGUCUUCAACACGCCUGCUGAGUAA